UAUUAUCACACAACUCUCACUUUAAUUUUUUAGCAUCUCUUUGCUCUCAAAGGAAAGAAGUGUUAUUAUAUCAAUUGUCAAACCUCUCAAUCUUUUUUCCAUUUUCAACAAAAUAAAAUAAAAUGGCCAUUAGAAAAUCAAACAAGUUGUCACAAUCUGCAAUGUUGAAGCAAAUCUUGAAAAGAUGUUCAAGUUUAGGAAAGAAGAAUAAUAGCUACGACGAUGACGAAAAUAGCCUUCCAAUUGACGUACCUAAAGGUCAUUUUGCAGUUUACGUGGGAGAAAAUCGAACACGAUACAUCGUACCUAUUUCUUUUUUGAGUUAUCCAGAAUUUCAAUGUCUACUCCAUCGUGCUGAAGAAGAAUUUGGAUUUGAUCAUGAUAUGGGCAUUACUAUUCCAUGUGAAGAAAUUGUUUUCCAAUCAUUAACAUCGUCUAUGUUGGGUAAUUAGUGUAGUAUUAGGUGUUAAUUAAUUAAUUAAUUAUGGUUUUUAGUGAAGAAAGAUGGGCUUAAGAUGAAGCAAUUAAUUAAUAUGGUACUAUUAGUACUAUAUAUAUUUAAUUUGCUUCUCUUUUUUCAACUAUCUUUCUUCACUCUAUUGUUUGUUAUUUUUUCUUCUUGUGGUUUAGUUGACAUUUUCUAACGUUGACCCAUGAAGCAAAUGAAAUUGUUUGCCUUUUUAUGGGUCAAAUUUGUAAAAAUGAAAAAGGUUUGUAAUUUUUCCUUGCAGAGGUGUAAUAAUCACCCUGUGAGAGAAGUUAAUGUAAUGAUUCUCCUUUCAUUCAUUUCA